CGGCAGCGCUCGCCAUUGCCGCUGGUGGCAGGAGGCUGCGAGGAGCCGGCGCGGUCGCAGUCUCCACGGCGCAGGCCCACGGUAGCGCAGCCGCUCUGAGUAGAACUUCAUGGAGGAACACGGAGUGACCCAAACUGAACAUAUGGCUACCAUAGAAGCACAUGCAGUGGCCCAGCAAGUGCAGCAGGUCCAUGUGGCUACUUACACCGAGCACAGUAUGCUGAGUGCUGAUGAAGACUCACCUUCUUCUCCCGAGGACACCUCUUACGAUGACUCAGAUAUACUCAACUCCACAGCAGCUGAUGAGGUGACAGCUCAUCUAGCAGCUGCAGGUCCUGUGGGAAUGGCCGCUGCUGCUGCUGUGGCAACAGGAAAGAAACGGAAACGGCCUCAUGUAUUUGAGUCUAAUCCAUCUAUCCGGAAGAGGCAACAAACACGUUUGCUUCGGAAACUUCGAGCCACAUUAGAUGAAUAUACUACUCGCGUGGGACAGCAAGCUAUUGUCCUCUGUAUCUCACCCUCCAAACCUAACCCUGUCUUUAAAGUGUUUGGUGCAGCACCUUUGGAGAAUGUGGUGCGUAAGUACAAGAGCAUGAUCCUGGAAGACCUGGAGUCUGCUUUGGCAGAACACGCCCCUGCGCCACAGGAGGUUAACUCAGAACUGCCACCUCUCACCAUCGACGGAAUUCCAGUCUCUGUGGACAAAAUGACCCAGGCCCAGCUUCGGGCAUUUAUCCCAGAGAUGCUCAAGUACUCCACAGGUCGGGGAAAACCAGGCUGGGGGAAAGAAAGCUGCAAGCCCAUCUGGUGGCCUGAAGAUAUCCCCUGGGCAAAUGUCCGGAGUGAUGUCCGCACAGAAGAGCAAAAGCAGAGGGUUUCAUGGACCCAGGCACUACGGACCAUAGUUAAAAACUGUUAUAAACAGCAUGGGCGGGAAGACCUUUUGUAUGCCUUUGAAGAUCAGCAAACGCAAACACAGGCCACAGCCACACAUAGUAUAGCUCAUCUUGUACCAUCACAGACUGUAGUCCAGACCUUUAGUAACCCUGAUGGCACUGUCUCGCUUAUCCAGGUUGGUACGGGGGCAACAGUAGCCACAUUGGCUGAUGCUUCAGAAUUGCCAACCACGGUCACCGUUGCCCAAGUGAAUUAUUCUGCCGUGGCUGAUGGAGAGGUGGAACAAAAUUGGGCCACGUUACAGGGAGGUGAGAUGACCAUCCAGACGACGCAAGCAUCAGAAGCCACCCAGGCGGUGGCAUCAUUGGCAGAGGCCGCAGUGGCAGCUUCUCAGGAGAUGCAGCAGGGAGCUACAGUCACUAUGGCGCUUAACAGCGAAGCUGCCGCCCAUGCUGUCGCCACCCUGGCUGAGGCCACCUUACAAGGUGGAGGACAGAUCGUCUUGUCUGGGGAAACCGCAGCAGCCGUUGGAGCACUUACUGGAGUCCAAGAUGCUAAUGGCCUGGUCCAGAUCCCUGUGAGCAUGUACCAGACUGUGGUGACCAGCCUCGCCCAGGGCAACGGACCAGUGCAGGUGGCCAUGGCCCCUGUGACCACCAGGAUAUCAGACAGCGCAGUCACCAUGGACGGCCAAGCUGUGGAGGUGGUGACAUUGGAACAGUGACAUACAGCCAUAUUAUGGCAUCGUUUUCUAGUCUACUUCAAAAUUUUUUACACGUUUGCAGAGGUGCAAUCAAAUGGAAUUAAGUCUCUCGACUUUGGAAGAAAAGUUUUGUUAACCUUUUUUUUUUUAAAAGGAAGAAAGACAGAGGAUUUUGGAAUUGCAUUUUUUAAAGCACCACUCUUGAUUUUCUGGGAUUGGUGAAGAAACUGCAUUGUCAAUUUCACUGUCCCAAAAAAGCCAAAUUGUGGCAGGACUUCUUUCUGCGGAAAUAUGUGUGUAUACUUACGUGUGUGUAUGUGUGAGUGUGAAUAUAUGUAUAUGUGUACAUAUGAACAUACACAUUUACAUAUAUAUAAAGUAUAUAUAUACAUAUAUAUAUAUAUACGUAUGAAACCCGCAUGGAAUUAUCUGUAUGAAAUCAAGGUGAGCUGUGGAAACAAUAAUUCACCCAGUUUAGUGGGUGGUAGGGUACGUGGCCAGACACAGUCACCCAGUUUUUGUUCAUACCAGGGUCAUGCGUUGAGCUACUGACAAACUCAGGCGGAGGUGACCAUGCCCUUCACCAAAGCUGCCUCCCAGUGGCCACACAGAACUCUCCCUGCUGGACUCACCUGAGGAAAGAGGCGCCAGCAUGGGGUGGGUCAGAGAUGUGCUUGCAAGGUCCAGGGGCUGCGUGGUCUGCCAGCUGAGAUGCUCCUCGGGCUGGCCCAGGCGCUGACCUUGCCACAGGCAGAUGAAUGUCUUGAAAGGUCCCGGGCCUCAGCCUCCCAUCUCCUCUCCUUCCAAGGAAUCCUUCUUGAUCUCAUGACUAUUAAAAUGUUGCUCUGGUUUUAAGGUCAGUCCUGAAUUGCUCGUAUAUAUGAACUGAAGGUAACAGAAGUAUUAGGGGUUUGAGGAGUGUGUGCGUGUGAGUGUGUGCGUGUAAGUGUGCUUGUGUGUGUGCGUGCAUGGUGAGGGAGAGGAUGGGAAGGGGGUGGGGGGGUUGAAGGGAAAGGAAGGAAAGGAAAAUCUUCCUAGACCAGGAUACACCCGUGGGAGCAAUUUUCUCUGCUGUCUGUAGCUUCACAGAGGAGGCGCUGGAACGAACAGGAAGGGACAUCUGGUCUGUGGCCACAGCACCCGAACGCCCCUGAUCUUGUGUGAUCUUGGAAGCUAAGCUUGGUUGGGGCUGGUCAGUACGUGGAAGGGAAGAAGGGACACCUGGCCAUGGAAAACAGCUGAGGGUGUUUGCUGUGUUCCUGGAUCCGGCCCUGCUUCAGAAGGGACUCCUGGAGGCCCAUGUUCCUUGAUGCAGCCUCAUGGCCCAGGCCGGGAGCAGCUUGCCUCCUCAGAGGUGAUGACUGUCUGGGUGUUCUUGGUAACCGUUAAUUCUGUCUUUCUCAGCUGCAAGCCUUGAGUCUCCAGUGGCUGAAUUUCACCUGACUUUUCAACAGGCCAAAUCUCUGAACCUUGAGUACAGGGACAGCUCCUCCUCCCUCCUCCCAGCAAUCCCCCAUGUGUGUGAUAGUAUAUUUAAUGUGUUUUUUUAAUGCGACAUUAAAAGAUUCUCCACGUCUUGCUCAACCUUUGAGAGAAGUUUCAGAUUCUUGUAUUUGCUUGUUUUAUAUAAAACUAUCUAAUGUUCUUUAUAUGUUCUUUUCUGUACGUAAUGGGGGGAGGGGAGGGAAAUUUACAUAUAAAUAGUCCUAGUUCUACAAUUUGUUAUUUUUUUAAUUAUUAUUUUUUAUCGUCAUUGUGAAGUUGUCCAGGGACUUUAAAGUCCAUGUUCCUUUGUGGUGAAAUAACCUCCAAAUAGUUUGAGAAGUUGCCAAGACGAAGAAAAAAGCAAAACCCCAGUAGCAGAGCAUGGAUUCUGUGUUGUUUCCCAUUCUGUCUUUGACUGCCUCAUUCAAUAAAUAGUUAAAAAUAUGGCAACAGGAA